GCCAAGCAAAAUCAGCAGCAGCAGCAGCACUUAAUUUUACAGUAAAUUUAAUCUUGUUUUCAUGAAACCCAGCUGAGAAACUUGUGCCUUUUGUAGGAGUCACAAGUAACAAACCAACUGCAUUUAUCGUGCCUGUGCUCAGGUAUCACAAAAGGGAGUUAUUCCCUCCUCGGUGGGCUGUGGGUGCACGUCGCACGUAUGCAACGGCUGUGCCUGCUCUCAUGUUCAAAGCCAUCUUGGCUCGUGGAGCCAGCGUGUUAUUAAAUGCUGUCUGCUGAGUCUCCUGCCCCGGAGAAUAACCCCAGGACUGGGAGAUCAAUAACUUUAUUGGCAGGGAAUUCAGGUGUACAUUGCGGAAGGUCUGUUUGAGACUUUCUGCCUUGCAAACCUGCUUAGUCCUACCUGAGAGGCACUGGGUUUUCUUCUCAAAUUUGUAAUUUUGGGAGAACCAACGUGUUGUCCCAAGAAGUGGUUUCUUCCAGUGACUGCUGAGCGUGCACUGGGCAUUUUUAUAGGUCAGAAAUCCAGGAGCAACCACCGACCUCUGGCACAACAGAAAGUAGGUCAGAAGAAUUUCUCUGUGUUAAUUUUGACUUAGGAAGCCUCUGCCUUCCUUCUUCAAUCUUAAAAAUUCAGGGAUGGAAAAUCCACCCGCUGUGGGAUAAGUUGCCCUGUGUGUGCCUGCCUCAGCGUGGUAAAAGCUCGCACUUUGAUUCUGACAUAACACCAGCUCACAGCCGUUGUACCUCGUUAUAAUUUUGUCUGCUAAACCUCAGAGCCUACUCAGUUCUACCCUGAACGAAGUUGCUUCUGCAGCCUGCGAUCCUGUCGCUCUAAUGAGCUAAACAAGUUCAGCAAGGACUGUCUAAAGCAACUGCCCGUGUUGCAGAGCUUGACCCCGCAGCGGUGUCAGAAGCGGCUCCCCCAUGGCUGCAGCCGGCAGCGAGGGGGUGGCACGGACCCCGCUCCUGCCAGCCAGUGCUGUCCUGGCCCUGCUCGGUGUCCUGGUCUACCUGGGCGCUCUGUGCACUGCCUGCAGACGCAAGGGCAGGAAGAAGAAAGUCCCUCCGGAUGGGGUGAAGCUGGUGGAUGAGUCCCUGCUCAGACAGACGCAGCUGCGGUCGCUCAGCAAAUCCGACACGAAGCUGCACGAGCUGUACCGGGUGAAGGCCAGGGACGACACCCAGCGGCCGGCCAGCCUGGAUUUCCCCUGCCCCACGGCCCCCACGGCCAGUGCCGACUCCCUGCACAGCCCCGGCAUCAGCGUCCUGCUGCACCGUGAGCUGCCCCAGAUCCCCAUCCCCGACCCCCCGGCUGCCUCCCCGUCCCCCGACCAGACCUACUCCAACCUGCUCUUCACCCCGCUGCGGAAACCGGUGCCAGACACGGUCUAUGAGUGCCUGGCGGUGGGAGGGGAGGAUGCCCUGGUGCCCUCCGUGCCCGCUGGCACCCAGUUGCCCCCUCCACGUGCCGGGCACGGGGCGGCCGAUUACGCCUGUGUCCGCAAGGUGAAGAAGACGGUGCCCGGGGACGUGCAGGAUGGGGCCGUGGCAGGGCCUCCCAGAGCAUUGCAGUGCUGGGAUGGCAUGGGUGAUGCUCCCCGGGCGAAGCUGGAAGAGAUGUACUCGACAGUGUGCAAAGCCACCAAGAAGAAAACCCAGGUCCCCGCAUCAUCCCCGAGGGCCGAGAGGGAGGUGGGUGCUGGGUGGCCGCCCCCCCGCCGGGAGGAGGGUGCCCCGGCCGGGUGCUGGUCCUCGGCAGCCCAAGGCCCCCCCGAUCCCUGCUACGAGUCCAUCAACGACAGAGCCUGGACUGCUCAGGGCCGCAGCCCCGAGCCGGACUACGAGGCCGUGGACGUUAACUGGAAGAAGGUGGCAAAACGGGACAAGCCGGGGAAGCCCUGUGCCCCCGAAAACCUGUACGAAAGCGUCGGCGACAUUUGGGCGGCGGAGUCCCGGCGAGCAUCCACCAGGACGGCGGCCAACGGGCUGGAGGUGUACAUCACCAACCUAUAGCAUCCCCCCCCCCAGGGAGCGGGGUCCUCGCCGCAGGGUGGUCCCACCCCAGUCGGAUGCUGUCGGGGAGGGGGGAUCCCCUGGGACCGGCUUUCCACGGGGUUGAGCCUUGCGGGGAUGGGCGCACACAAAGCCGGUGCCCGCUGGGGCGGCUGCAUUCUGUAUAUAUGUUAUGUUACUUUUCUUUAAGCCUCCUUGUCCUGGCUCAACCCACCCGGUGCGAGCAGGUUGAUGUUGGGAUGCCCCGAGAUGAGCAGUUUAUGGGUGCUGGGUGCCACGUGGGAGCCUGGUGGGACAGGGCUGGUGCUGCCACCAAGGUGGGAACCAGGUUGGGGCCGGUUGUGUUUUGGGGUGGGUGGUGGCAGGGCUGUGGGCCAGUCCUGGGGCCCUGGGCUGCAGGAUCAGGCCCCUCAUCAGUGGGGUUAUGCCAUGAGCGAGGGUGUCCAUCCUCCUCCCUCUGCCUGGGGGAGAGCAGGGGCCUGUCCAGCUCCCGGGAUGCACGGAGCAGCUUUGCUCCCAUCACUGAAUGUCCCCGGUUAUGGGGACCAGGGGCCAGCCCCAUGCCUUGGUGCAAGGGAGAGCGAGGCGGCCGCCUGUCCUCCAUCACCCACUCCCACCCUUCGGACGUGUGCAAGGGUGCCUCCAUGAGCAGCCGUCUCCCAAACACCAUUAAAAGGCUGAGAGGGGUUUAUCCUUGUCAGGAGAAAACACUCUUAAACUGGAUCUAAAACCCUGGUGCUGGUGCUUGGUGCUGCUGCUGCAGCAACACGGCGGUGCCGGCGCUGGGAGAGUGGCUUUGGGUGCAGCGUAACCGUGAGCGGGCGCACCUGUGCUGCACGGGUGGUUUUACACCUCCGAGAUGGGGAUGCACAGCCACCGCCAAGAGCUGCUGAAAUGCGGUGGGCCAUCCCGGAGCAGGGAUUCACUGUGGCUGUGCCUAAAACCGCGGCUCGGGGGCUCUGCGUGGGGUCAGGGUCAGAGCUGGGGAGCAUUUGCACAGCGUUUGCUGCCUGCUCGCCUCCGCGUCGCUCCCGCAGGUGCUGCAGCCUCAACGGGUGCCAAAAAACGCUCAGGAGAGCUGGACGCGCACCCGGAACCCUCGGACCCUGGGGCUCA